AUGGCACGUUCACAUCUAUUCAAGGAUCUUCUGGGUUGUUGCUUUGGAAUUCCGUCACACGAAGGCCACAGAGACGACCGCGACAAUGACGACGCCAAAGAGAAUGGCAAUAAGAGUGCUGGAAAGGAGAACGGCAAACGCGGCUUCGACAACGGGAACCCAAACUUAUGCAUAACUUGCAGAAAAGUGAACUUCGAUUCACUAUUUAGGGACAAUAAGUGCUCGGUACAGAAGGUGCCGUGGGACAACCAUUGCUUCAAGAUUACAUCUCAUCAGCCGGGGUGCGGUUGCGGGCAAGAACUCGAAUGCUGGACUCUAGACAGUACCCGGCUAAUGGACCUCGGAGGCUUACCGGGCAGAUUAGAUAGCCAGAGACCGGCUUGUUCGUUCUGCGCUUUUCUGUAUCGGUGCCAAGUUCGCUUGAAUCUGGUUCCAACGAAAGAAGACUCAUCGUACUGGGAAAUAAUGCCGGCACUUUCACUGGGUAGCAUUCUGCUACGGGCACCGAGUGCUGGAAAAGGCAACACACCCUGGGUUGUACAAGACACUGCGUAUUUUGAAAUGCGUAAAAAUAAUAUGGGAGGCGAUCCCGAUGACGCGUCUAUGUCCCACCAAAUUUAUCGCGUGGCCGACAGUAGCAGCAAAACCUUAACACGAAACAAACUUGCUGGCGGUGGCCUUCUAGGAAGGAAACUUGAUCCUAUCUGGGUCAACUUUGGCCUUAUCGGCGAAUGGUUAACGCUUUGCCGGUCGACACAUUCUUGUUGCGAAGAAGUGGACGUAGGCAGUAUACCAGGACUUCUGGUUAUUGACUGCACCACGGGUCACAUCGUCCCCCUCCCAACCAAAGAGAAUGCUGCCAAUCGGGUGGAAAACUAUGUUACUCUCAGCUACCUUUGGGGCACAUUUGGUACAACCGACGGACCAGUUGUUCAAUCGAUCAAUUGUGAAGGUGGGAGCGGUCCUGGUCUCCCUACUCAGAUACCCCUAGCCAUCAGUGACGCGAUACGGGUCGUGAAGCAACUGGGAUACCGAUACCUGUGGGUAGAUAGGUACUGUAUCCCACAAGAAGACGGGGCCGCCAAGCACAUACAAAUCCUGAACAUGGGAAGGAUAUAUUCAAAUUCCAUUCUAACAAUCAUUGCCGCGGCUGGUGAUGGGCCGGAAUACGGACUUCCAGGCGUGAGUUCGCGAUCUCGUAUCGCGCAGGUGGGAGUGCAAAUCAACGAGGAGAUUUCUCUCAUACUGUACGAACCGCCAACGAAUCACAUCAUCGACUCUAAAUGGAACACCCGAGGUUGGACAUACCAGGGAGGGCUUUUGUCUAAGCGAAGGCUCGUCUUCACGGAUCUUAUGGUCUACUUUCAAUGUCAAGAGAUGCAUGGCGAUGAAGUACUGUCCCUUCCCAUUCCUGGACCAGGAGAGGCUUUUGAUAAAUUUCGUGCGCUUUCCUUUGAUAACUUGAAGGACUCUGGCAAGUUGCGGAUGGUGUUUCCGCGAACCAGCGAUUGGAAGAAUCCUUUGAUGGCCUGGAAAAGGAUCAGCGAAUACGGACCGAGAGAACUUGGCUACGACUCUGAUGCCCUGAACGCCAUCAGUGGUGUGAUGGAAAUGUACGCGCUCGCAAUGGGAGACUCGGCGUUUAAGCUGUUUUGUGGUUUACCUAUUCUGUCAAUUCGCUCGUGGGAGAAAUAUACCGGGUAUCAUCUUGACAAAAGCCGAGCAUAUUCUUUCCGCACAUGGUUUGAAGAUGACCAUCCGCACGGAAGAGCAUCGAAGGCUCAGGAGAUUGACGGCAAUAACCUCACUUACAGUCUGAUUUACAGUCUAACCUGGAGGCACCGAUGGGGCGUAUCUCCUGAGUCAAGUCCAGCCUGCUUAGAACAGGCCCGAAGAUCAAUGUUUGGCAGCUGGACAACGGCUGGUUGGAGAACCAGAAAUUUUUGUCCCGAUGUUAUCAGGGUUUUUGACAGUGGCCUGAGAAUCGGCGUACAGUAUAGUGAUGAACUUUUACUGGACUGGGAAGAUGACAACGCAAGGAUUCUCGAUCUGUCACGCAACGGAAAGAUACCCCUGAGUCUCAAGAUUAAGGGAGUGGUUAUGGAUGUGCAUAUGGAAUGGAACAGACGUCGUAUAUACGAUGACUCGGAGGGAUGGAUAUCUACAUGGCCUUUCGAAUGGAACAAGGAUCUUUUUGAGUCGCCCCGCUGGCUAUUUGAAAAGGAGGGUUCAGACAAAAAAAGUGACAAUGAGUUGCUUUUUUUGAUCGUGGGAUGCAACCAUUUUCCGUCAUUAAGGGAGACUGAAUUGAUAGGGAUGAUAAUCCGGCCGGUGACAAGGAUGUUAGAUGGACAGCCUCACACAUUUUACGAGAGAUUGGACAGUUACACAUUCGAACUGGAUGACAAACAAUGGCACCAAAUGGCCAGUUUGACAAGAGAGAUGGAGGUGCGGCUGAUAUAG